AUAUCUAUUUUGAUGAGUAUUUCGUACCAUACAAACCAAUAUACCCCCAAUUAAAAUAAUUCUUAGUUCAUCCCAUCCCACCGAAAAAGAGAUAUGAUCUCGAACUCUUACCAAUGGUUACAUUGCUUCGUCUAGUACAAGAUCAUUAUUGCCUGAGCUCAUGGAAGGCACUACCAUCAUGUCGUACAAACAGAGAUUGUACCAAGAACUCAAAGUCAAACUCAUUGGGUUGGGGAACGAAGAUCCUCGCUGAAAGAUGCUCUUCUGCAACGACAAUGUCUUCUCUCUUACCUUUAGGCGACGAAUUUGUUAGAUUUGAUGAAGAUAACCGUAGAUCUGAGAUGUCCUUAAUCUAAUUUGUUGAAGAUGACAGAUCUUUCACGUCUAAUUUUUGGACUUUGUGUACAGGCUCGUCGGAGCGCAUGUCGCCGGCUACGACGUCACUCUAUGGUGGAGCAGAAAGUUGAUUAGGUAAGGGCGAUAGUUGUGGGGAGGAACGAGCAAACGACUGAACAGACACAAGAUAUGACAUGGUCUGUUUCUAUGUGGUAGGGUAUUAGAGUCAUUUACUCAAUUUUAUUCCUUCUCCUUGGUUAAUGUGCAAAAAUCAAAGUGAACAAUAUGAGUUAGAUGGAAGGAUUAAUAUUUUAUUUGUUUUAAUUAAAAGAAAAAUAUAUUUUGAUUAAUUUA